AAAGAUUGACCUUCGUUAAAAAAGUGGUGUUUGAUAAAUACACAUUUACAAAAAAUCAUUUUUGAUGUUUUUUAAACUCUAAUUAUAAUUAUUUUAACAAAACGAGUUUAUUUUUUCCAAUAGAGGGAGAGAAAAAGUACGCUAUAAAUACGUACGUAAUUUUCAUAUUGCUUAUUUCAUAUAAAAUCAAAAUUCUGUGAUUAAGCUCUGUAUCUUGGUUACUAGAAAUCGGGCAAACAUGGCUGAACAAUGCUAUUUUGCCACAGAAGUUGAAUAUAAAAAAAAACAAAAACGUUUAAAAAAUAAAGGCGAAAAACCUAACGUUGUUUACGAGAAUGUACUAACUGUAGAUAUGUACUUUGCACAAUGUAUGGACAUACCUAUAAUAUCUACAAUACGUAUCCUAUUUUUUUAAAUUCCUUAAAUUUUAGAGAAUUUCUACGCUUAAAAAAUUCAAACAAGGAAUCGAAAUUAUAACUAUAAGUUCAACUAUACAUAUAUCUACUUACAUAUUUUUAUUUUAGUUUUUUUUAAUAACUGUUUUCCUGCAGUAAAAGAUUACAUGCGAUAAAAUGAGUGAGAUUUUUUUGGAAUCAAUUUGAAAUCCAUUCUGCAGUAAAAAAUUCUAAAUGUCUCGAAGCGUUUUCGUCAAGGCAAACUUGUAACUGAAAUAUUAAACUGAUAACUAAAACUUAUUGUUAUGUUUAAAAUUUGCUUACAUUAUCGAGGAUGUAGUUUGAUAGGUAACCCUAAAGGAGUCGGAUUUGCAUAUAGGUAAUAUAGAUGUAAAUUUAUGAUUAUGCACAUUAAUUAAAUCAAUUGUCUUAAUUCUGAAUUUAUGCGAAUCAAUGUGAAAACAAUUUGCAACAAUUUUUUUUUAUCAACAAGUGCUAAAAGACACGUUGCUUAAAAUGUUCAUAUUUUAUUGUAUCAAGGCAUUUAUUAAAGUUGAUAUUCUACUUUUCUAUUUAUUUCUACAUAAAAACAUUUAUUUUCUAUAGUCAAAUUCCUCAUUCAUUUAAAAUAAUUGAUAAUAUUUAAUAUAUACCUACAUUUGUACAACUUAUGUGGAACAUAAGCAUGUAUGUGUAUUUAAAUUGAAUAAUUGAUAUCAAUUUAGUUAUUUUUGCGAGAGAUGUUACUGAAAAAAUAAAAAAAAUUGUACGAAACAAAUUGUGUAUCGCGCAUUGAAAAUUUAAAUAUACAUAUACGUAUAAGUAUAGGGCCAAAAAAAAGCUAACACCGAGGAAUGGGCAAAAAAAAGAGAUGGUAAUAAUGAAACAAUAAACACUCUAAAAAAAGAAAUAAAAGAAAUGACACAAAGAUUGGCCCUUUUAAAAAAUCCACUUAAUCGUCGCCCAACAAAAGAUGUACUCGAGGAAAAUGGUAAUACGAUCGGAGGAAAACCUAUAUUUCCCGCUGGCGCUAAAACUGUUGAAGAAGCAUGUUUUCUCACAGACUUAAAAGUAACUGGAACUAAAAAACAGUAUGAUUUAAUGCAUGACAAAUAUUUGAAACGUCGUGAAUACUUUCAUACAUUAGUAGAACACUAUAAAGAAUUAUUGGCUUAUAAGGAAUCUGCUCAAAAAUUUGAUUUAAAUGGCCUGCCCCCUGAAACAAUUGAAGAAGAUACUAAUAGAAAGCUUGUAUCUCAUUUAGAAAAUGAGAUACACCGUACUAAUGUUCAAUAUAUGGAAGCAGAACACAUUCGGAAAAAGUACCGUUCUAUCCAAGCAUCUUUAAUGACAGAUGCUGAACGUUUCGAAAAAUCUCUUAAAGAAUUGGAACAUGCAUUAGCUGAUCAACAAGCUGAAAUUAAUCGUUUGCAACAAGUUCACAAAGAAGCAAUUGAAAUGCGGGAUGCGGCGCGAAUAAUAUUACAGCGACAGGAACAACAGACUGCACAUUCCAAUAAAGCAAGAGAAAGACAAGCAAUGGAUUAUAGACGUAAAGUUGAAGAAAGGAAGAUCGAAUUAGAACGAAUUGAAAGAACACUAUUUGCAACCGGUGGUGGUAAGAAUGCGUUAACACAUCAAGAAAGCCUUGGAUCAAGUUCAGGUGAUCAAAAUACCGGAAAAACUGAUCAACAAGAAGAUGAGAAUGCCCAACUAAAAGCAGCAAAUACUGAAAUGGAACAAAUUUUCAAAAAACUAAUGGAAAUAACUGGAGCAACAACACCUAAUGAAGUUUUAGAUAGAUUUAUUUCUCAAAAAGAAUCAACGGCUCGGCUAACUUAUUUAAGAACUGCCGCUGAAGCUGAAAAGAAACAUUUGGAAAACCAGCGGGAAACUUUAACAAAUGAGCUGGAAAUGUCGAAAUUCAGUGAUAUUAAAGAAACUGAAGUAAAUCAGGAAUUAUUAGAAGCAAUUAAAGCUGAUAUUGAAAACUUAAAACAGGAAAAUCAAAAUAACCUUGAGGAGAUUCAAAAGACUGAAAUUGUAAUUACAUCUAUUAAUUCGGCACUCAUGGAAAUGAUUUUUAAGCUACAAGAAGUUGAUGAAACUGACGUGCUUUUAACACAAGCUGAACGAAAUAUUUUUGCCCAUGAAAUACCUGAUUAUGUUAGGAACCGAGCAACAAAUAUGGAUUUGAUUGAUAUAUUGAAUGUAAAGCUUAACCGAGCCCUAAGAUUAUCACAACAAAAACAAGAAAGCGAGGAAGAACUGAUAGGUGAUGUUAAGGUAGGUUGAAGUUGAUUUUAUCACAACAUUGAGUGAGUAAUAAUAAAAUAUGUUUUUCUUUCUUAGGCUGAUGAAUUGUAUGUUCCAUUAACGUCACCUAGAGUAACACCAACUCCUACAGAAGAAAAACCUCCAGCGUUGCCUAUCUGUUACUACAAUUUAAUUCGAGCAGCACAAUCUAUAUCAGCAUC